UAAAAUAUUGAAACAGAGCAAAAAAUCUUCUUCUCAAGCCACACUCUCUUCAGCUCUCUCUCUCUAGAAAAUGGGUUGGCGAAGAGCAUUUUGCAACACUCUCCCCAUAGAUAAGAGCUCCGCCGCCGCGGACAAGCACCGGAGCUCUAGCUCAACCAGAAGCAAUCCACCGACUCCGCCAUUGCAUUGCAAAACGAAUUGCAGUAAGAGUGUGGAUGGUAACAACGAGAUCGACGAAAGCAAAAGCAGCGCCUCCACGCCGAGAAAUCGUUCCAGAAUCCGAUUCCGCUCCGCGCCGUCUUCUCCUAGAUCUCCUUUCUCUGUGCUUAAGAGCACGCUUCGUUUAUCCAGAAGUAGCUGUGGAGUGUGUGUGCAUAGCGUGAAGAGCGGGCAAGGAACGGCGAUCUACACGGCGGAGUGCGGCCACGCCUUCCACUUCCCCUGCAUCGCCGCCUUCGUCGCGAAGCGGCGCGCGCUCGUUUGCCCUGUCUGCGCCGCCGUGUGGAAGGACGUUCCUCUGCUUGCAGUCUACGCGCAGCAAAACCGCCAAUUGGAGGAGGAAAUUGAUUCUGGCGGGAAAAUCGCCCCUCUUUCUAGCCCUAAUUUGAAGAGGCGGUGCAAUGCGCCGCCCUACGACGACGACGAGCCCUUGCUCACCCCCAAUUUCAAUCGGAUUCCGGAUUCCGUGGCUGAUGAAGCGGAGGAGGAGGAAGUCGAGGAGUUUCAAGGAUUCUUCGUCAAUCAAAUCAGUAGCGAAUCAUUUACCGGCGGUGAUUUGAAGACGGUGGAGGUGAGCGUCUCCCCGGACGCCGCCGUGAUCUCCCAGGGGCGGACGCAUGACACCUACGCCGUCAUCGUGAAAGUCAGGGCGCCGCCGCCGCCGCGCAACCACGGCGCCGCGACGCGCGCGCCGAUCGACCUCGUCGCGGUCCUCGACGUCAGCGGCAGCAUGACCGGCGCGAAAAUCGAGAUGAUGAAGCGCGCCAUGCGCCUCGUCAUCGCCUCCCUCGGCCCGGCCGACCGGCUCUCGUUGCUGGCCUUCUCCGCCGCGCCGAGGAGGCUGAUGCCCCUGCGCCGCAUGACGCUGCAGGGACAGCGCUCGGCGCGGCGGAUCAUAGACCGCCUCGCCUGCAGCCAGGGCACCAGCAUGGCUGAAGCCCUGCGCGAGGCGACGCGGGUGCUCGAGGAGCGCCGCGAGAGGAACCCCGUCGCGAGCAUUAUAUUACUAUCCGACGGCCUCGGAUCAUCCGCCGACGAGAGCAGUCAACACUCUCGCGCGUCGUCUCACUCGACCCGGUUCUCCCAUGUGGAAAUACCGGUUCAUUCGGCCGGUUUUAGCCGCGAACCGGCCGAGAACGCAUUUUCAAAAUGCGUGUCCGGUUUAUUAAGCGUGGUGGUUCAAGAUGCGCAUAUCCAACUCGGGCUAGCGCCCGGGUCGGAUCCGGCCGAGAUUACGGCCGUAUACUCAAUGAAUGAGCGCCCAUCCAUCCUCGGGUCGGGUUGCAUCCGCCUCGGCGAUUUAUACGCCGAGGAGGAAAAAGAACUACUCUUAGAAAUCCGGGUCCCGGCCUCCCGGGUCGGGUACGGGUCGCACCACGUCCUAUCGGUUAAAUGUUGUUACAAGGACCCGGCCACGCAGGAGCUGGUCUACGGUAAAGACGAAGCGCUCCUGGUGCCGAGGCCUCAAGCCGUCCGAUCCGGGCUGCCCAGGAUCGAACGGCUGAGGAAUGUCUUCAUCACGAGCCGGGCCGUGGCCGAGUCGCGGCGGCUUGUCGAGCGCAACGAGCUUGCUAGCGCCAUGCAGAUGCUGUCCUCGGCUCGAUCGUUGCUGCUGCAGCCGGGGGCGGAGAUGGCCGGAGAGUAUGUGAGAGGGUUGGAGGCUGAGAUGGCGGAGGUGCAGUGGAGGAGGCAGCAGAAGGUGGCGCCGCGGCGGCGGAGCAGUGGGGAGAGAGAAAUUGGAUUGUUCGGUGAUGAGAAUGGGAAGCCGCUGACGCCGACGUCGGCUUGGAAAGCCGCGGAGAAGCUGGCUAAAGUGGCUCAAGUUAAGAAAUCUUUUAACAAAGUUAGCGAUUUGCACGGCUUUGAAAAUGCUAGAUUUUAGCUGCCAUUUUGUAAUUUCCUUUUUCUUUUUCUUUUUCUUUUUUCAGUCCUUUUCUUGUUGUAGAGAAUAAAAAACUGGAAUAGCUGGUUAAAUUAGUUGAUUUUUACUUGUACACGGUACAAAACGAUUUUAUAAUAUUUUGUUAUUUAUUUCUUGUGCAA